AUGGCGCACCAGCCGUCCCGAAGACGCACAGACCAGCCUCAAGCAAGACAACUGCCAAUGACCAUCAUAACCCAUUCACACAGGAGGUGUUUGUGCCAGGUGACACAGUCACUAUCUCCUACUGUCAUCAGGUGUUUGUGCCAGGUGACACAGUCACUAUCUCCUACUGUCAACAGGUGUUUGUGCCAGGUGACACAGUCACUAUCUCCUACUGUCAACAGGUGUUUGUGCCAGGUGUUUGUGCCAGAUGACACAGUCACUAUCUCCCACUGUCAUCAGGUGUUUGUGCCAGGUGACACAGUCACUAUCUCCCACUGUCAUCAGGUGUUUGUGCCAGGUGACACAGUCACUAUCUCCCACUAUCAUCAACAGGUGUUCGCGUCACUGAUGGUCGGGUUCAUGCAGCUUAGUGUUGGCUUCGGGAUGGCCUUCUCUGGGAUCACACUUCCUCAGCUCACCAACCCAGAGGUCGGCGACCUCCUCCUCACUCCCCUCCAGCAGGCGCUUUACGGGAGUCUGGUGUAUCUCGGGUUGCUGGUGGGCUGCUGUGCUGGUGGGCCCGUGAUGCUGAGCCUGGCCCAACGUAUCAUCUUCCUGAUAGUUGUGUCUGCCUCGGUGGCCUUCUGGCUCCUGCUGGCCUCCUCCGCCAGGGUGUGGGUACUCCUCACCUCCCGGGCACUCCUUGGUUUCACUUUUGGAGUGGCAAUACCCAUCUCCGUCGCAUACCCUAUCGAGAUUCUCCAUCAAGACAUGCGAGGAGCUCUUUGUACCUUAAUUUUGUUGGCACGACAAUUGGGCAUAUUGCUGGCAUCAGUUGUUGGGAUUUCCAAUCUCAGCUGGCGACAAAUGGGAUUCCUGAAUUCCGGAAUGACGGUCAUUCCCUUCAUUGGCUUCCUGUUCCUGCCAAACUCUCCUCGCUGGCUAGUCACUCGCGGCCGUGUCAGUGAUGCUGAGAAAGCUCUCAUUUUCUUCAGAGGAAAACAUUACGACUUUCAACCAGAACUGAAAGCCAUUGUAGAACAAUCUGAAAAUUCAAGCAGAGGCACAAGUAACUUUUGGCAACAACUACGAAUAAUCAAAGAGCCAUCCGUGUACCGGAUAUUCUGCUUAAUGUUAUUUCUUACUCUUUGUGUAGCUUUCGAUGGGAGCUACUCUCUGACGGCAUACUUAGUGCCCAUCUUCAAGACAAUGAAGACCAGUCUGGAUCCGUACACCUGUUCCAUAAUAUUUAAUGUUAUCAGGCUGGUCGGGACCUUCUUAUCACUGUGUGUAACUGAUCGUCUGGGACGAAGACCACUGAUCAUAGUUUCGUACUGCGUGUGUGCUGUGUGCUUGGCUGCUUGUGGUGGCUGCUUCUACAUACAGGAGUCAGGCAGUGCCUCGGGCCUGGAGUGGCUGCCACUUAGUGCCGUGUUCAUAUUCAAUUUUUUUGUUGGUAGUGGCCAACCAAUCAUUGUUGUGUUAAUCGCAGAACUGAUCCCUUCAUCUUUCCGUGCUAUUGGAUUCUCAGUGAACAAUUCGAUAUUAGCAACAGGGACGUUCGCAGCAUCCAUGAGUUACCCAGUAACAGCAGAGACACUUGGGCAACACGGGGCCUUUUGGGUCUUCAGUGUAGUGUGUGGCAUCCUGGCCCUCGUCAGCGCUCUCACUCUGCCUGAGACGCGGGGUCGUACCCUGGAGGAGAUCUCGGACCAUCGCAAGAACCAACCUUAUGAGAACUGUAACUAG